UCUGACACGAGAAAACGUGCGGAGCAUCUGUUAAGAUGAUAACUCUGUGAAGUGGAAUGCCAUGGCCAGUUCCUCGGACAGUGAAGAUGACGGGUUCAUGGCCGUGGAUCCAGAAGACGCUGUGGCUGAAGGGACGAUGGAGCAAGACGAUGAGCCGCCUGCUGAGCUGGAGGUCGAGGAGACCAGGCAUAACAGAUCAAUGCUGGAGCUCCCAGAAGAGGUUUUGGAAUAUAUCCUCUCCUUCCUCUCACCCUAUCAGGAGCACAAAACUGCUGCCCUUGUCUGCAAACAGUGGUAUCGACUAAUCAAAGGCGUGGCCCAUCAGUGUUAUCACGGCUUUAUCAAAGCAGUGCAAGAAGGAAAUAUUCAGUGGGAGAGUCGCACUUACCCCUACCCUGGAACCCCCAUCACACAACGCUUCUCGCACAGUGCGUGUUACUAUGACGCUAACCAGUCGAUGUACGUGUUCGGUGGCUGCACGCAGAGCAGUUGUAACGCCGCCUUCAACGACCUCUGGAGACUUGACCUGAAUAGCAAGGAGUGGAUCCGGCCCCUGGCAUCAGGUUCGUACCCCUCACCCAAGGCUGGGGCCACGCUGGUGGUCUACAAGGACUUGCUUGUGCUUUUCGGUGGGUGGACGCGGCCGAGCCCUUACCCUCUGCACCAGCCAGAGAGGUUCUUCGAUGAAAUCCAUACAUACUCACCCUCCAAAAACUGGUGGAACUGCAUCGUGACCACCCACGGCCCCCCUCCCAUGGCGGGACACUCCUCCUGUGUCAUCGAAGACAAAAUGAUCGUCUUCGGGGGUUCGCUAGGAUCUCGGCAAAUGAGCAACGAUGUCUGGGUGCUGGAUCUCGAGCAGUGGGCUUGGUCCAAGCCCAACAUCUCUGGGCCCAGCCCUCACCCACGAGGUGGCCAGUCUCAGAUCGUGAUAGACAACGAAACCAUUUUAAUCCUCGGUGGCUGUGGUGGUCCCAAUGCACUGUUUAAAGACGCCUGGUUACUGCACAUGCACGCGAACCCCUGGACGUGGCAGCCGCUCAAGGUGGAGAACGAAGACCACGGAGCCCCAGAGCUGUGGUGCCAUCCUGCCUGCAGGGUGGGACAGUGCGUCGUGGUCUUUAGCCAAGCUCCCAGCGGGAGAGCCCCGCUGAGUCCCAGCUUGAACUCUCGCCCCUCUCCCAUCAGCGCCACGCCGCCCGCCCUGGUCCCCGAAACGCGGGAAUACCGCUCUCAGUCUCCCGUCAGGAACACGGACGAGGCUCCUUGCGUCAACGGCCGCUGGGGCACCUUGCGACCCAGAGCGCAGAGGCAAACCCCCUCGGGAUCCCGGGAAGGCAGCCUCUCCCCAGCCAGAGGGGACAGUUCCCCUGUACUCAACGGUGGGAGUUUGUCGCCCGGACCCACGGCAGCCGGUGGUGCCUCUCUGGACAGCCCCGUGCAGGUCCUAUCGCCCAGCACGCCUUCCGCGGCUGAAGGAUACGACCUAAAAGUGGGGCUCGCCCUGGCGCCGCGACGGGGAUCGCUGCCGGAGCAGAAAGACCUGCGUUUGGGAUCCGUCGACCUGAGCUGGGAACAGAAACCGGCUUCCGUCAUCUGCCAGAUGGACGGUGUGGAGGGGGGGACAGUCGGCGCCGGCGGGAGGAGCCCCCCCGCGGGCUCGGCAGCGCGUCCGGGCUCUACCCAAGGCGACGGCCAUUCCUUACCUCCCAUCGCCCGCCGCCUGGGCCACCACCCUCCCCAAUCCCUCAACGUGGGGAAGCCUUUGUACCAGAGCAUGAACUGCAAACCCAUGCAGAUGUACGUGCUGGACAUUAAAGACACCAAGGAACAAGGACGAGUCAAAUGGAAAGUGUUCAACAGCAGUUCGGUGGUGGGGCCGCCCGAAACCAGUUUACACACGGUGGUGCAAGGCAGAGGGGAGUUAAUCAUAUUCGGUGGCCUCAUGGACAAGAAACAAAACGUGAAAUACUAUCCCAAAACAAAUGCCUUGUACUUUGUGCGAGCAAAAAGAUAAUGCGGCCCCGGCCCUUCGCCGCCAUCACCUUCUCCCCUCCCUCCCCGCGGCUCUUCCCUCUCCUUUCCGAGCCCUUACUCUGUCACGCAGGCGUUCAAACUGUGAAUUAGGGAGCAAGAAACUAUCAAUAAAGUCCAAGCAAAACCUCCAGCGCUGCCCCGCCGGUUCCCGGUAAGACCCCAGUAAAGCGAAUCGUGUUUACAGGCGGGGAAGGCCCCGCGCCGCUGCCAUCCAAGCCCAGGAUUUGGGGGUGAGCGGGUAGGGAAAUCUGCCAGCCAGCAUCCUCUCGAGGUUGGUUUUAUUUUCCAGGGGUUUGAGAGGGUUCGUAUCUCUCCGAAACUCCUCGCCGGGAUGUGAGUAAAAGUGGUUUUAUACGAACAAACCAAAUACCGGCAGCCGGGAGGCCGAUAGCUUGCGCGCACUGAUUAUUUCCGUGCUUGACUCCGUAAGGAAAACAACAGCAAUACCCCACCAGGAAUACUUUCCAGCGCUGCAAACCUUUGCUCGACGCAAACGCGAUGCCUUUUUUUUUGCCUCUCACCCCUUUGGCCUGCCACUCUCGUUCCUGUCCUCCGUACGGGACCGUAAGAAGGAAGGACGGCCGGGUUUUUUUUUGUGUCAAAAUGCCAAAAAUAUUAAGAAUUAGCCGGGCGUUAGCAUCCUCCUCUCCCUGCCCUGUGCUGCAUCAAGCUGGAUCAGGCUUCGGGAUCAGCCCUGAUCCCUUCUGAUCAGCAAAAAACCACACCGUUUACUCUAUAAAAAUCCCAUUAUUCCCCCAAAGCUGGGAAAUUUGGCUGCC